AUGGAUAGUAUCUGUCAACACUGCAACGCUCUACACUUUAAGGAUGAGUCCGUUUCUGAUAGACAAGAUGAAUUCAAGCAAUGCUGUCACCAUGGAUCUGUUCAACUUCCCGAACUUGUUCCAUAUCCAGAUGAAAUCAAAGCUCUUCUACAAGGAACCGAUGUUGAAUCAAAAAAUUUUCGAGAAAAUAUUAGAAGUUACAAUAGUGCUCUUGCAUUUGCAUCUAUGGGAGCUCAAAUUGAUUUACCACAAAGAUAUGGGCCCUAUUGCUUUCGCAUUCAUGGAUAA